CGUCAGCCGAGGGAAGGGGGAGGCGAGAGUUGGAGCGUGUGGGAGCGCGGAGGCCGGAGAGAGGGAGGGGAGACCAGGCGCAGAGACGGCGGAGGGAGGCGCGCGAGGGAGCCGACACACUCGGAUCGCGAGCCCGGGAGGCGGCGGCGCCGAGAGGCAGCAGCUGCGGCCGCGCCCUUGCCGAGCCGGUGCGCCCAGCCCCGCUCCGCGCGCGGCCGUCAGGGCUCCUGAGGAUGGAGGAUUUCCCGGAGACGUCGCCGUCCUCCAACAACUCCUCGGAAGAGCUCAGCUCUGCCCUGCAGCUGUCCAAGGGCAUGUCGAUCUUCCUCGACAUACUGAGGAGAGCAGACAAAAAUGAUGAUGGAAAAUUAUCCUUUGAAGAAUUCAAAGCCUAUUUUGCAGAUGGUGUUCUCAGUGGAGAAGAAUUACACGAGCUCUUCCAUACCAUCGAUACGCAUAAUACUAACAAUCUUGACACAGAGGAACUCUGUGAAUAUUUUUCUCAGCACUUGGGCGAGUACGAGAAUGUCCUAGCAGCACUUGAAGACCUAAAUCUUUCCAUCCUGAAGGCAAUGGGAAAAACAAAGAAAGACUACCAAGAAGCCUCCAAUUUGGAACAAUUUGUAACUCGAUUUUUAUUGAAGGAGACCUUGAAUCAGCUGCAGUCUCUCCAGAAUUCCCUGGAAUGUGCAAUGGAAACUACUGAGGAACAAACCCGUCAAGAAAGGCAAGGGCCGACCAAGCCAGAAGUCCUGUCGAUUCAAUGGCCUGGAAAACGAUCGAGCCGCAGGGUCCAGAGACACAACAGCUUUUCUCCUAACAGCCCUCAGUUUAAUGUCAGCGGUCCAGGCUUAUUAGAAGAAGACAACCAGUGGAUGACCCAGAUAAAUAGACUCCAGAAGUUAAUUGAUAGACUGGAAAAGAAGGAUCUCAAACUUGAACCAUUGGAAGAAGAAGUUAUUGAAGGGAAUACUAAAUCUCACAUCAUGCUUGUGCAGCGCCAGAUGUCCGUGAUAGAAGAGGAUUUGGAAGAAUUCCAACUGGCUCUGAAGCACUACGUGGAAAGCGCUUCCUCCCAAAGUGGAUGCUUGCGUAUUUCUAUACAGAAGCUUUCAAAUGAAUCUCGCUACAUGAUUUAUGAGUUCUGGGAGAAUAGCAGUGUGUGGAAUAGGUAA